AUUCGCUGUCGGGUAGAAAAUAAAACAAAAGUUUUCGCCAACUUGACUUCGUGCUGGGACGUCACUAUAAAAGCUUGGCGAAUUCACAUCAACAAGCACCAGAUUCUUCAGAGUUGCUGUGAUCAUCGAAGUCAUCAUGAAAUUCAUUGUUGCAGCAGUUUUGGCCCUGGCCGUCGUUGAUGCUGGAAUCGUUUACAAUCGCCAGCAGGGUGCCAAUUUCGCCUACACAGUCAACAGCCUGCCUUACGUCCAGCAUGUUCUACCUUAUCCUGCUCCAUUCCAGCUGGUCAACCCCGUUGCUGCUGACGUGAAAGCCGUUGAGUCCAAGAAGGUCGAAACUGCCUUGCCUUUCGUCAACCCUUUUUUCCCCUUUGCCCCAUACCCAUUGAUCAACCCCGUUGAAAUCAGUAAGGCGACCACCGAGGCCAAGAAGGUCGAAUCCGUCGCCCUACCUUCUCCGUACCUUUAUCCAUCCACUUACGCAUAUGGCGCUUACCCGUACGGCGUCGGAUCUCCUUUGGUGUACCCCGGGUACGGACUCCUUCCCCUGGCCGCUGAUGAGCCGGUGAAGCCGGCCGCUGAAGUGAAGCCGGUCGAGGCCACUGAUUCCGUUGUUGUUCAGGCCGCUUAAAAUCCGCCCGUUGUUAUUGUUGUUGACCACCGAUUGACCACUUAUUAUAUGACCGUUUCGACCACGAAUUAUCCCUGAUUAUCUUUUAAUGCAUAUUUACUCAUUGAACUUGUGAUUUUGUUAUCGGUUAGAAAAGGGAAAAAUACAAAAAAAAAAUAUUUUAUGUUGCAA